AUGAUCGCAGGUGGCUUCCUCUCUGUGGGAGAGUUUCCCGUGCAGAUAUUGAUGGAGGCGUCAGAGAAUCUCUCCCCUCCGCAGGUGCUGGAGCGUUCGGUGGAGGUGGCUGCUGUCUCAGCACCGCUUCAGGUGGAUAGUGUUGCAGUCUGCUUCGAUAUCCGACGCUCCGCAGGGAGGAGACCGAAAAUGAGAGGAGGGCUACAGAGAGGACAGAUGGUGAAGACUCGGGGCUUGUGUUUGUUUUUUGGAAACAGGACGGCAGUGCACUGUAUUAGAGUGAUUCCAACUGAUGGUUUUCCCCUCCCUCCGGUGGCACAGGCGCCAGUUGGGUUGCCGGGUCCUGAUGCUGCCAUGCCUAGUACCUCUACGGCUCCGCCUGUUACACCCCAACCCUAUAGUGUUGGUGUUGUUGCACCCGAACGAUUCGCUUUCGUGCCGCGUGAUCGCAGAUGUCCGAAAUUUAGUGGUAAAACGAGUUUGAGUAUUGAUGAAUGGGUUGAGGAGGCGCAGGCGUGCAUGAGGUCAUAUGUAGCAUUACAAGAGGUCUUCUUUUCUAGAAAGCAACAAGAGGGUGAGACACUAUUAGAGUUUUCUCUUGCACUUAUGGGCCUAUUGGAAAGGGUUAAGAACAGAGCGCCACAUAAUAUCCCUAAUGCAGAAAUUCUGCUGCGGGAUCAAUUUGUUGAGCAUGUUGCGGAUAGUGCCUUGAGGCGUGAACUGAAGCAGUUGGUUCGUCGUCAGCCCACUGCUACCUUGUUGGAGGUUCGCAGUGAAGCGAUUAGAUGGGAACAAGAAGGGAUGCCUGGGGGGGCACGAGGGCGUAGUCAGUCAGUCCCCUUAGCGUAUGGCCUUCAGUAUGGGGUACGUGGUGGGACAUCUGUUAAAGAUGUUAGGACAUCACAACAUCUGGCCCUAUUAUCUGUAGACGGUGUCAACGGCCGGGGCAUUUUGCUCGUGAGUGUGCUUGGGAAAGAAAUUUUCCCCACGCUCGGCAGACCAUGUCUGGCUCUUCCACAGCUGAGAAUGGACAGUCGCGUUCCUCCAGACCGUCGGAAAACUAGUUCCCACCGGGCUGCAGAGUCACAGCCUGGGUUGGUCGCUGGGUGCGGUGUCUUGGUGGUUCGAGAUCCUCCUGGUGGUAUGAGUUUAGAUGUCCCUGGUGUGCUGGGGAUGAACAUCCUUGGUCGGUGUUAUCAGGAGCUUUUCGGACAGCAUGUGAACGUUGGCACAGUGGAGAUAACCCUUCGUCCUACAACGGUGGUGGGAAACUUGAAAGAGGUUUAUAUAGUCAGUUUGCCAGUAGGGAUUAGUGAAGAGAAAUUGGUAGCUGCUACUGUUCAGUCCCAUAGUGCAGCAGGGGCUUCUUCCGUGUCCCAAAUGAUUGAGUCCCUUGAUUUGUCUGUUUUACCUCGUUUGGAGCAGGGUCAGGUUAGGGCUUUAUUGAAAAAAUACCAAACGGUAUUUUCGAACCACGAGAGCGAUCUAGGCUGCACUCGCCUCAUCUCUCAUGACAUCCCGCUAUUGGACAGUGUCCCAGUGCGUCAACGAUAUCGACGGAUCCCCCCUUCUGAAUAUGAGGUGGUAAAAACCCAUAUUAACCAGUUGCUAGAGGCUGGAAUUGUUCGGGAGAGUUGUAGCCCUUAUGCAUCGCCGAUAGUUUUGGAAAAGAAGGACGGUAGUCUGCGCAUGUGCGUGGACUAUCGUCACCUGAAUGCCAAAACUAGGAGGGAUGCGUUUCCCUUGCCUCGGAUCGAGGAGUCUUUGGAUUCAUUGGCUGGGGCUCGCUGGUUUUCUACCUUAGAUUUGGCCAGUGGGUACUUGCAGGUUCCAGUUUCAGAGCCGGAUAAGCCGAAGACUGCUUUUUGUACGCCGUUCGGAUUAUUUGAAUGGAAUCGUAUGCCUUUCGGCCUUUGUAAUGCACCAAGUACGUUCCAGAGGUUAAUGGAGCGUUUAUUUGGUGAUCAGCAGUGUCAGUCCUUGCUGCUGUAUCUUGACGAUGUGGUGGUGUUUUCUUCCUCGAUAGCACAGCAUGUGGAGAGACUGGAGAUGGUUUUGGGUCGUCUGGAGAAGGAAGGACUUAAGGCGAAACUGGAGAAAUGCGCUUUCUUCAGACCUGAGGUGAAGUACUUGGGUCAUGUUAUAUCUGCGCAAGGCGUUGCAACUGACCCAGGUAAAAUUGAGGCUGUUGCGCAAUGGCGUUGCCCUGAGACUGUGUCAGAGUUACGAACUUUCCUUGGGUUUGUAAGUUAUUAUAGGCGCUUUGUGGAAGGGUUUGCUAAGUUGGCUGCACCUCUGCAUAGGCUGGUUGCAGAGGUAUUGGGAGGUAAGUCAGGCAAACAAAAGGGGCAGAGGUUGGGCCAUGCAUGGACUGAGCAGUGUAGGAUAGCAUUUGAGGCCCUAAAAGAGAAACUAACAUCUGCCCCAGUACUGGCUUACGCAGACUUUACUAAAACCUUUAUCCUGGAAGUAGACGCUAGCCAUGGUGGUUGGGGGCGGUGCUCUUCCCAAGAGGUCGAAGGAAAGAUUCGACCUAUAGCGUAUGCCAGUCGUAGCCUAAGGCCCACUGAGCGUAAUAUGACCAACUAUAGCUCCAUGAAAUUGGAGUUUCGCCUUAAGUGGGCCAUGGUAGAAAAAUAGGAGUAUCUUCUGGGGCACAAAUGUAUUGUGUUCACUGAUAACAACCUGAGUCAUUUAGCCACUGCAAAGCUUGGUGCUACAGAACAACGUUGGGCUGCGGAGUUGGCUGCAUUCGACUUUGAGGUGAGAUAUAGAUCCGGUAGGAGUAAUGGCAAUGCAGAUGCCCUCUCCCGCCAGAAUCCUGAUUUGUCAUGUGGAGCCAAGGAGUUGGCAGUGGGCAUUAGGGUCCCUGAGUCGUUGCAGCAGGUUAUUGGCGCUGGGGUUGCAGUCCAGGCAGAUGUUAGGGGCGGUGAGUGCAUUGCCGGGUAUUCAUUCUCUGAUCUGCGUUCUAUGCAGGAGGAUGAUCCGGUUAUUGGACCAGUGCUAAAGUUCUGGGAACGGGGCCAACGCCCAGGGCCGGAGGAGCGGCGGCAGCUACAAAAACGAGCUUUGACCCUCCUACAACAAUGGAACCGAUUGGAGGAAAGAGAAGGGAUUUUGUAUCGGAGGAUAUUUAGACCAGAUGGAGGGGAGGAGUGUUAUCAGUUGGUGCUGCCUGAUGUUUUGAGGGAAGAGGUUUUGAUGCAGCUGCAUCAACGACAUGGGCAUCAAGGGGUGGAACGCACUAGUGAGUUGAUUCGGCAGCGGUGUUACUGGCCAAAUAUGCUGGCCGAUAUAACUCUGUGGUGUCAGCAAUGCGAACGCUGUCAACUGGCUAAAGACAAUCAGCCAGUGGCACAUGCUUUUAUGGGCCAUUUACUGGCUUCACGGCCUAACGAAGUUUUGGCCAUUGACUUCACGACACUGGAACCAUCAUACUCUGGACAGGAGAACAUACUGGUGAUGACCGACGUAUUUAGUAAAUUUUCUAUGGCAGUGCCCACGCAUGACCAAAGGGCUGAGACCGUGGCCCAGGUAUUAGUUCAAGAGUGGUUUUAUAAGUUUGGUGUCCCUGGCCGGAUUCAUUCUGACCAGGGCCGUAACUUUGAGUCUACUCUUAUUAGACAACUCUGCGAGCUUUACCAGGUAAGAAAAUCUCGUACCACUCCCUACCACCCGGCCGGCAAUGGGCAAUGUGAGAGAUUUAAUCGCACUUUGUAUAGUUUACUGCGAACAUUGCCGAAUUCCAGGAAAAGGGACUGGGUGUCUUGUUUGUCACAGGUAUUAUUUUGUUAUAAUACCAUUCCUCACCAAGUGACUGGAGAAUCCCCUUAUUAUUUAAUGUUUGGUCAAGAACCGCAGUUGCCGAUAGACUUUCUACUUGGUAGGGUGCCUGAACCAGUCGCAGGGAGUGUACAUAGCUGGGUUAUAGAACAUCGUAGGCGAUUACAGGUUGCCUUUGAGGGGCACAGAAGGAGGGGUGGUGUAUACCAUUGCACGGUUACCGAUCAGGCUAAGGAGGAUGUGUUGCCGGAGCAGCCUGCUGAGGUUGUGGAGAGUCAGAAAAACCCCCAAGAGGAUGAAGAGGAAGACGAGGUCGACUUGAUGAUGUUGGUACCAAGCAUGCCUCGGGUUGCCGCAAAUUCCAUCCCUGUGGGAGCGGAAGCUCAGGAUGUUGAGCGUCCAAUGCAGCCUGAGGGUCAAGAAAUGUCAAUGGGUUUGCCUCCAGUGGGUGUGGUUUUGGGUGCAGCUGGAGGACAGGGUAUGGAACCCAUUGUGAGGGAAAGGAUAGUACCUCCUGGUCUUCAUACUGAGGAAGUGCUUGCCUCGGAGGUCAGCCCGUAUGGGAGCAGGUCAGCAUUCCAAUUUACAUCACCUUCCCCGGGCUGUAGAGUUAAGGAGAACCACUGGCAAUUCUGA